CUGGCCAAUAAAUAAAAAUAAAAAUCAAUGUUUUCCUUCUUUACACAACAUUUUACCACAUAAAACAGAUCCGCCAAAUAAAGUAAAAGAAGAAGUAAAUCUGCAAAAUACAAAAGCAAAACUGCAAAUAAUUUCGGUAAGUGCAAAUUGGAAUUACAAAAUUAGAUGGUUACAUUAUAAGAAAGGCAUAAAGAGAUUUUUAAUUAAAAUAACAAUUUAGAAAACAAUUAUCCCAACUUGCACUAUAAACCAAAAAUAUUCCAACAAAUUUUGUUUUCUUAUAACUAAAAUAAUUUUAUCUCAACAGUUACUUUUAAAAGUUCAAUACAAACGGAUAUAAAACUAAUGGUACCUAACUUUGUGAGUAAGUUAAUGAUUAGUUUUUUCCAAUGAAAAUUAUCGAGAAAUAUUUUCCUUUCUUUAUGAUACAUGCAUCAAGAGAUUUAUUCCGUGAGUUAGAAAAACAUUUACAUAUACACAUAGUCAAAUGAUACACGUCAUGUGUUCACGAAGAAGACCCACAGUUUUUUAAUUAAGAAGGUUAAUAGAAAAAAAUUCUAAAUUUAGGGUAACUGUCCGGUCUUUGCAGAGACUAACCCUAAAGAUAUUAAGAGGUUCUCAGUUUGAUUAGCUUGUGUUACACACUCCUUGUUUGAAGUAUUUCAAAAUUACGGAUUAUAAGGGUGAAUAUGAUGAUAGCAAAUUCUUCGAUUUUAAAGAUAUGCCUAACUUAGAGGGGGCGGAUAUUAUUUCGACAUACCCUGAUAUCGUUAAGUUUGUAAGAUCGAUCACAUCCGUCAAGCGGCUGUCAUUAUGCGUAAGAGUCAAUGCCGAAGAGACUUUAUAUCCUGAGGGUAUUUUCUUCAAACAGAUUAAACAUCUGAAGCUAUGUCCACGUGAUUCAAAUUGAUCAAAGCUACUUUUCCGGUUACUUAAAGAUUCUCCUAAUUUACGAGAGCUCGAAGUCUCUCUGAAUGAUGAUCAUACAAAAACUUGUGUGGAUCCACCAGUUUGCUGGGAGAAUCAACUGAAUUGUAUUCCUUAAUGUUUGUUUUCGAGUCUCGAAACUUUCAAGUGGAAAGGGAUACAUGGAUCGCCAAAGGUGAUGGAUUUGGCAAAAUAUAUCUUGAGAAAUACUCGUUGCUUAAAGACUGUGACAAUCUUAUUUCAGUCUGCCCUAGAGACAGAGAAUGAGCUUGAGAUAAUAAUCCAGGAGUUGUUACUUUCUUUUCGAGAUAUGUACAAGAUUACGAAGUUGCAUGAUUUACUCGUGAAGGUACUAUUAUUUCUUCCAACUAAAAUUGUUGUAAGCACAAGUAUUUUAUCGAACCGAUCAGAGUUUCUUUGGAUGUGGUUGCCUAAACUUGAGUACGAUAAUACCGAUUAUUCAGCCUCUGAAGAACAGAGGUUACAUAGUUUUAUCAAUUUGGAUAUGCAAUUACAUAGAGCUCCCAUCAUAAAAAGCUUGCGUCUCAAGUUUAGCGAGGUGAGAUCAAUUCAGCCUGAAGAUAUCAAAUUGUGGACUGUAUUUGCUGUUUCUCGCUGCUUCGGUCAGUAAACCAUCAACCUUUUUCCUUUUUAAUGUAUGGAGAAUCCUACUAAACUACCGAGUAGUUUGUAUAUCUGCAAAUCGCUAGUGAUUUUGAAUCUUAUAGACGAGAUUCUUGUGGAUGUUCCUCCUAUGGCUUAUCUGCCCUUCUUAAAAUAUUUGCUCCUUGAAAAGGUGACUUACAAAGAUUCAAAUUCUCUUCACCAACUUCUUUCUAAUUGCCCUGUUCUCAAGAAUCUAGUCGUGGAACUGGAUGAAUAUAACUAUUUUGGAACGUUAAGUGUAAUGGUCCCGUCUUUGCAGAGACUAACCCUAAAGAUAUCUGGUGAAUAUUUAAAUGAGCUGGUGAUAAAUACUCCUUAUCUGAAAUAUUUCAAAAUUAGAGAUUAUCUUGAUGAUGAUAGCUACUCCUACUACUUUAAAGAUAUACCUAAGUUAGAGGAGACGGAUAUUGACUCGACAUACCCUGAUAUCGAAAAGUUAGUUAGCUCUACCACAUAAGUCAAGCAGCUUUCAUUAUGCGUAAGGGUCAACAUCGAAGAGGUAGUUUAUUUCAAUCCAUCUAUCAGGUUACUCGAGAUCGACUUGAAUGAGGAUCAUAACGAUUGUUUUAAUCUAGCUUGCUUUAAGAAUCAACUAAAUUAUGUUCCUAAAUGUUUUUUGUCGAGUCUCGAAAGGUUCAAGUGGACAUGGAUAUUUGGAUUGCAAAAAGAGAUAGGUUUUGUUAAAAAACUUGGGAAAUGCUUGUUGCUUACAAACCGGGACAAUCUUGUUUAAGUCUACGCCAGGGAUGGAGGAUAAGCGUGGGUUGUACGAGGAGUUUAUGUUUUCUUUUCGAGCAUCAACAGCAUGAGAAUCGGUAUUUGAUUGAGAAUCGGUAGUUUAUGUACACAAUAUAAUGUAGGAUUCAACUUUCAU